AUGGACAUCGAAAAGCACUUGCAGUUCUUCGCCAAUGAAUCAAACCUAUUCGAGAAUGCCCGUCCAAUCAGCGAAAGGCCCUACUUCUUCCCAAGUGCGAGCAACGACGCGAACGAUGAUAGCAGCCUAGUCAAGCUUGAAACGGAUCAGGGAAUUACCUACGACAAGAUGCUCACUGACUUGAUCGCCGCUCAAGCGGCAGGUUCGCCUGGUCGACUGUUCGCGCUGCUUCGGGAGAAUGGUUGUAUCAAAAAAGAGGUAAAAAAAUACGUAAGCAGGCUGAUAACUGAAUGGAGGGCCAACAAGGAUGAAACUGAGGCUGUUCGACUGAUCGACUUCCACAUCGUCUUGAAGAAUAUCGAAGCAGCACAACAAAUUCUCAAUGAAGCAGCGAUUGAUCACGAUUUGCUUCGCGUCUUGGAUUGGGCUGAGAAAGAAAAAGUCGAACCAUCGAAAGCGAACGCCAUCUGGGGUGCUUUGUGUUUGUCGCCGAUCUCUCGUGCCAUCGCUCGAAUCUAUCAGUGCCAUUUGAAGGAUAGUGAUGCUCUGCAAAUGCAAAUAGCUGGUCAUGCCGAAUUCAUCAAUCUUCAGGAUGCCUAUGUGCUUGCUUCGUUCUGGCUCGGUCAUAAACACCCGGUCACAAAGAGCAUCUAUCAGAAAUGGAUGUCCAACAAUACCACUCGCAAGGUCGAUGAAUCGCCAUCGAAGCAGCUCCCUGAUGUGGUCGACAUCAGCAACACGGCCAAGGACUUGAUCUAUUCCUAUAGAAGCCACGUGUGUCUUCUUCCAAUAAACCAGACUUUUCGCUUCAGUGAUUCCAAAACGCUACAUCUGCGUCAGCUAUACAUUGACGCAAUCAUGGUGAGAAAUUGGGCCACUGCCGACGCCAUUGCUGCUGAUAUGGGCAAGCGUUUUACUUCAUCCGAGUAUGCUCAGGAUACACUUGCUCUACUAUCGGCUCUCAGUCAAAUUGUGGCUACUGUUUUGGAUCGAUCGAACAACCAAGAGGAUAGUCAAAUCAGCCAGACGGUGAUGAAGGGCGGAACUAUGAAAGACGUCGUCGAGUCUGUGCUGCUGAAGAACACGAUUUUUGCAAGAAGUUUCACUGAAGACGAUAUUGAUGAGUUGGACAGUGUUGCCGGUUUGGUUGACGGAGUGCUUCGUUCUAUUCGCCAAGCUUACAGGAAGUCGGAACAUCAAACUCAGCACUCAGUCGGCGAAUUCGUUGGAUUGGUUUUGGAGUUAACGAAUUGUUUUGCUAAGUUGCUUCUGGAUUUUGAAGCGGUCGUUGAAUCAAUCAGGCCUACUUUUACGACCAACGAGAAGCUUCUUGCUUUCUUCGCAAACGACCUCGGCCACCAAUUCAAGAGUGAGCACCAAAACGAACGAAUGAAAAAGUUGAUCAACAGUCUGCACGACGGCUCCAAGCGCUCUGGCUCGAUUGAAGAGGUGAGGAAGAUUGAAGACAUCAUCGAGGAGGAGGUGCCAUUGAAAAAUGAAGAAGCUUUUCAAUCUACUGAUUUGGAAGAUACACCAUUGUUGCCGGUGACACCACAACCUUUCAGCCAAAUUGCAUCAGAAGAAACGGUAAAGGAGGAGAAGGCAGGUGCAACAGCUGAAGUCGCGCCAACUACGCAGAUGAUCGAAGCAAACAUCAAGGACAAGGUUGAGCCGGUGCCAAUUUCACAGAAGCCAGUGAUGCGUGAAGAAAACGAUAGUUCCGAUGAUGGUUGGGGUACAUCUGCAGUCAAUGAAGAACAAACAUUUUCUCCCGGCGGAUGGUCGACAGAGGCAAAGAAUUCGGCACCAUCAUUUGGGAAAGCUUUCGGAUCAACUGACGUUGGCUUUCCCAGACCACAACUGGCUGAGCCGGACAACAACCAAGGGUUCCACAGCUCAUCGCGUCCUCAAGUUGGGCUCAAUCAAGCUCAUCCCAACGAUGGUGGAAAUCAACCACAUCGCUAUGGUUUUCGAAAUGGUCGGCGUGCUGGAGACAGUUUUAGCAGUGUCCGUACACGUAGGCCUUGGAAUGGUAACCAUGGUGGCGCUAGUGGCUUUGGAGCUGAUGAAGGAGGAGAGGCCCGCAAU